UCGGCUUUGAUUUUCUUUGUCUCAUUGUGUAGUCCCUUUUCAGAUCUCACAACCGCGCCCCCCCGGUUCGACGAUCUGACCGAUCAACUGCCAAGGUGGCCAUGUCUUCCACCACCGAUCCCGAGGGCAAGGGGGAUGUCAAUGAUUUCCUCCUGCGCAUUCGGGAACUCGGCCAGAAGCGCGACAAGGAGGACGAACAACGCACUAAGAAGUUGGAGGAGGAGAUCUUGCAGGGUCGCAGAGAGAGACAGGCCCGAAGAGCUGAACGUGCCCGUUCGCUCUCACCCACCAAAGACUCCCCGCCGUUGUUCGACCCGGCUCGGAUGAGCAUGUCCGCACUGGGCCAGCGAGCCAUCGAUCCCCCGCAACAACUCGAACCGACACCGCGCACCCCGGAGCACAUCACCCCUCCCAGACCUGCCUCGGUACGAGGCGACGAGUUUCCGAGUCCCAGUGCGAGCCGCAGAGGCUCCACGGUGGAAGCGACGAGUAGCCUGGAAACGUCCCCAAGACCUGCAUCGCCCAGUCUGCGGAGUAGGACCGGGACCCUGUCCUGGCAGCAACGACCGGCCUCGCGCGACCUGCAUACCAACAGAUCGCUCUUUUCGACCUCCCCGACGCGCACAAACCGCCUGCGAACCAUGUCGACCGCGUCCAACAACGACACGGGAAUUCCACCGAAUCUUUCCGCUUCCUCCCCUUCAUCCAAAGACACGCGAUCGCCGCCGCGGCCGGACACAAUAGGACUAACAUCCCCACCCCGGGAAGGGUCGAAGGAAGAUCAACAUCACGGCUCACCCUCCGGCGCAAGUACCAAGGCGACCGCCAUGGACCGUGAGAAGACUCCCGAACCGACCAAGGAAAGCGCCCAGCAGGAGAACCUCGAUGAGCGAUCCCGCUCCCCGUCAAGAGCGAGCUCGAUAUUUGCGGAAAGCAGCCAGGGACAGCGGUACUCGAGUGUAUCGUCUGUCUCGACGGCUACGGGUCUAGGUUCCCCGGUACCUCUGUCCAACGCGCAGAAGUUCGAACCCCCACAAACGGAACCGGCAUCUGAAGAGCAAACAAUGGGCCCUCCGUCCCCACGACGAAUGUCCCCCGAACGGUCCACAUCACCGACAAAAGGACUGGGUGGGUUCGUCCAGAGCGCCAUGAUGAAGCGGUCCGACAGCGUGUCUAAGCGGUGGAGUGCUCAGUUACCAUCUGGGCUGUCUAGGGCAGACCCCUUUGCGAGCAAUCGCAAUAGCUUUGCCGCGCCUACCGGCACUGAUGUGCUCUCCCUUUCGCCCACCUCCAAGGCGGCUCGGGAGGGUUCGCUGUUACCCUCUCACCGGCCCGGCUCGAGCCAUAGCGAGGCAACGGUAGUCCGUCCGAUGAACGACAGCGAACGCCCCGUCACCCCGCCGGUCCCUGGCAGCGUCACCGGCACACGAGCCGAUGAGAGCCCGAGACGCGCUCCCCUUUCCCUCCAUACAAGACCGGGCAGUUCAUUGGGCAGUGAAGUGAACUCGGAGUCCAAUCCGCCAUCAUCGUCAAACCCCGCGGCCUCGCGGACGAUGGACCCGAAACGGUGGAGUCCCACCAAAUCAACCUGGUUGGAAAGCGCCUUGAACCGCCCCGAUUCCCCCCGUCACAAGAAGAGCCCAUCCCAGCAAGCCACCUGGUCUCCGUCCCGGCAGUCGAGGGGUAGCACUGAUCUGGGUCGCGUCAACAGCUUCAAGGAGGUCACACCUGUCGGGCUGAUGCGCACGGCUGCUCCUGGUCGCCACUCCAAGAAAUCCAGUGUGUCCGGCAUUCCCGACGUCUUUGCCUUGAAACCGACGUUGGAACCAGCCUUGGAAUCGACGUCGGACUCGGCCUCAAAAUCGACGUCGGACCCAGCCUUGAAGUCGACGUCGGACCCAGCCUCGAAAUUGGUAUCGGACCCAGCCUCGAAAGCGGCAACGGACGAGAAAGCCAACGUUCCUACCCCUACGGAACGACCGUCCGAGUUGCCUGUGGAGAACAAGGACUCGGUGCCGCGCGCAGAGGAGACGGAUACUACAGGCCGAAAAGAGAUCACUCGCAAACGUGCCCCAUCUGUCUUGGCUCCGGUACCUAGGACGGAUAGCGAACUGCCCCUGUCUACCUCUAGAGAUCCUCUGCUCAACCGACCGAAACCGCAGUCCCCCGUCAUCGAUUUCCGAGCGAACUUGAAACGGCGAGAAGUUGUCAAAGAUGACUCCCCUCGGGCAGAACCCGAAUUCAAGAAUGUCUUCGGAAGGCUGAGAAAAGCGGAGUCUUCGACCUAUGCCGCCCCCGACGAGCUCAAGGAUAAUAUCCUCAAAGGGAAAGCAGGUCUCAACAACUCAGGGGGCCCGAGAAAGACACAAAGAGUCGAUGAACUCAAGGAGAGCCUGAACAAGCAAAAGGAAGCCAUGAAAUCCGGUGGAGGGUCUACGAGAAGGAGUACAGUCGGGCAAGACGAUGCCCCCGCAAAGAUUGUCGUUCCAGAGGCGAUUGCAAAGCGUCAGAAUCUGGCCAAGUCUAAUAGUGACAAGACCAACGAGCAUGGCGCCGCGUUGUCCCCCCAAUCUCCGCGGGAAACAGGAACGUCUUCAGGGUCCCCGGACCCGCCCUUUUCGGCGCUGUCACCACUGUCACCUCAGCCUGACGAGUUCGGGGAGAGUCUUCGCAGCCCCGAAAUUCCCACUUCGGGUACGGACGAGGACCGCAGCCAGGGAGCAUCUCCGGCUAAGGAGGAAGAGGGGACUAAGCGGGACCUUGUAGAUGCCACGCCUAAGCCCGAGCCUGCGGGCGACACCCAAAUUAAGCAGGAUAUAUCAACCGAGGAAACCAUGAAACCGGUGCGUGACUUGCCGUCGGGGAGUGUCGCUCAGGCUGCAGACACGCCUGCAGCGGCUGCAGCUCCUCCUACUAAAGGGAAACUUGCAGGCCGACUAAAUCCUGCUUUGGCGGGUCUCUUGUCGCGUGGUCCUCCCCAGGUGGGCGCCAUGAAUACAUCGUCCUCGCUGAACGCAACAAGCAGCGAGACUGGAUCGUCGAAAAGCGAGCCUGCGACACUGACACACAUAACGAAGAGUCGUGCAAGAGGCCCUAAGAGACGUCUGCCCAAGACCGUCGUCCCCGAGGCGGCUGCACCAGAAGCCCCAACUUCGCCUUCGAAAGAGGUGCCUCCAAAGGAUGAGACCACUCCGACAUCGUCGUUCGAUAUCCAACGAUCAGAGACAAGCCCCUCGCCGGUGGAGGAGCCCAUGCCCAACUCUAGCAACUGGCCCCUCCCUGAUAAGGUCCUCGACACGCAUGCUACCGCACCGGACAGCCAUGCGUCCCAACCUACUCAACACAGGAUUAGCAAGCCGACAGAAUUCAAAAGAAGCUUGCCUCGUCUAUCAGAAAACCAAAUCAAGUUACCUUUGGAAAGUGUUAGCUCAGAUCCUCCCACGGAGGCGGCCAAAGCCCCUCAUGAUCCUGGGACAGUUCGUGGCGACUUGGGAAACACGAGAGAGACCCCCUCGAACCGGUCGUCUCUCAUGUCUAGAAUGGCCGCCUCUCCAUCCACACCUCCGGUAGGCCAAGCGCGCAGCUCGCAAAUUCACUACUCUUCUCCUUCUCCGUCCCCUCUCCGAACGAGCCUCAACGGGAACCAGGCCCCGCCACCUCCGACGCCCCCGAAAAUUUGGUCUGGCAUCCCCUUCAUGUCUUCACGAGAGACUUCCCCCAAGCACAAGUCCUUACCCUCACCUCCUGUGCCCCGGAAGAGCUCUAGCCCCUCCGUCGAUCAGUCUGCCUCACCUAGAUCCUCGGGGUCGCUGGUACCCCAGGCCGACGAAUCAUUGGCGGCCAUCUCGAGUUUCUUCAAUACGUUUCCCAACUCGAGCGACCGCGUGAACAUUGAUCCCCAGUUGAUGCUGGCCAGCCGGGGCGAGACCGACCGAAUCCGGACAUUGAAGAUGCAGAUAUGGGAGAUCACCGGCGAUGGCCGGAAACAAGACCUCCCGGUCAACCAAGAAUACAUCCUUUACGAAGGUAGCAUGUACCUGUGCGUGCAUGUGUUUGAAGACGAGACGAGUCAGCGAUCAGAGGCCCAGCUUUGGUGUGGGGACGGGGUCCCCGAUUCCGCCAUUGAUGAUGCGCAGUCCUUCUCCCGCAAAGUCGCCAAAGAAAACUGGUGCAAACUCGAGGUCAUCAAGCAAGGCAAAGAGCCCGCUCGUUUCAUCCAGGCUCUGGGAGGGAUCCUGAUCACCCGUCGGGGAUCCAGCUCGCGGUCCAGCUCGUCUGCGAUCUUCAUGCUCUGCGGUCGCAAGCACCUGGGCCAGAUGGUGUUCGAUGAGGUUGAUUUCUCUCGACGCAACUUGUGCUCCGGAUAUCCCUUUGUGAUCUCUUCCAUGUUCGGCAAACUGUUCCUGUGGAAGGGACUGGGCAGCUCCGCCGAAGAAGUCGGCGCUGCGCGGCUCAUCGGGAUGGAUCUGGGACUGACUGGGGAAUUUGAAGAGGUGACCGAGGGGGAAGAGCCCGAGAGUUUCUCGGAAGCUUUCCCCCUGAGCGAUGACCAAGGGGACUACAUGAAAUCCGACCACUGGAAGCUCAAGCCUCAUCACAGCCAUUUCCAAGCCCGGCUGUUCCGCGUUGACCACGAGCUGGGCCAGCGGUCCGGGUUCUGGAUUCGACGAUCGGGCUCCAAUUCGCCCAUCAUCCGGCCGAAUGACACCGUCCAGGAAGUCGAAGUGUUCUGCCAGAAAGACAUCUCCGCCAAGGGUAUCUACGUGCUCGACACGUUUUUCGAGAUCUACGUGAUCGUUGGCGAACAAGCGUCCAAACGACCCGCGGAAUUCGCAUCCGCCGUGGUCUUUGCGCACGAAUACGGCAUCUUGGCGGCGUCUCUCCAAGACCGACCUUUCAUCCCCAAGAGCUAUGUCUCUCUCGGUGGGGUUCCGGAAUCCUGUCGCAGCGCGCUCCGCAAGUGGGACGGGGAUGCUUCACGGCCGGCCCCGCAGGUGUUUCCACUGAACGCGGCCAUUGAGGCCAUCCGGUCCUCAUAGAGCGCCUUCCAGAGCCUUCUACUUCCUUCCUCAUUCUCUUAUUUUUCCUUUGUAGCUGAACAUCCUUGUUCUUAUGGACAAUUUCCUUAUCUGUGAAUAGAGUUGCAUCUGGCCCGGUCCAUAUGGUGGAAGAGAGACACGACGACCCGGGGAGCAUCUUUCAAGGAGCCUGGGCGAAGGGCGGGGCGAAUUCGGGUUUAUCUAUCCAUGUAUCUCUCUAUCUGUUUGAUGGGAGUUUAUCUAUUUUUGUUUCUGGCGUGAUUGGCGCUCGGGGUGGGCGGGGAUUCAUACACUGCUUGCUAUGUUGUUGUAUCAUUCUCAGAUGAUCUAGAUGAUCUGUGGGAGUGAGUGGAUUGUAUGAUUAACUCUCCUACCAUGAUUUGAAAGGACUAGACUAGGUAUAUGCCUAGGUGUUUACCUGACUGCUUAUGAGUAUUGAUAAUAGUCAUAGCUGGC